AUGGACCGACUACCUGUCGGGCUACACGAUCAGAUCAUCCGUCAUAUCGUGCAAGACACUGAUGCUAGCCACCUUCAAAACAUUUUCCAAGGCUAUAUGACAGUCCCAACAUCAUUAUUGACACUCUACAAUUUUUCACUCACGAAUGGUUUCUACAACACCCUCAUCGCACCAACCCUCGCCACGCUACUAGAGCAAACGUUUCUAGACCCAAUAUUCAGUGCUGCAUGUAAAAUCUGGAGCCAAAAUCCGUUCCAUGGAAUCACCGACUCACACAAGCAAUUCUCCCUCCUUCGAAUUUACCUUUCUGGCAUUGUAAGGCACAAGCGCGCCAUCAGUAAGUGGAUUGCAAGCAAGAUCAUCCCGAAGCUCCCAUAUCGAUUCAUAUGGUUGGAUGGCGGACGCUUUCAACUUCCGGCUAAGCAGGCCGCCAUCGUCUAUGACGCACAUCGUCAAAUUGGUGGCGAUGCUUCGAAGUCUUGA